UAAGCACAGUUAGCAUGUUUGGAUGAUCUAGCGUCCUUUAGGAGCAGUUUGAUGCUCUAAAAGUGAUCAGAUUUGACUUUUCUCCUCCUUCUUUGACUCUUAGAUGUUGUUAACAUGUCCGGGUUUGUUAAAGAGUUACUCCGCCGGAGGCUGAUGGAGCUGUCAGGACAAACAACAACAUGUGGAUCAGAAAAGGAGCUCCACCGACAAAGAAAUGAGCAGGGUGUGAAUUUAACACCUGAACGAAAACUUCAGAGAUCAGGAUUUCCUGUGGAGAUACAACAGCCUUUGGUGAGUAAAGAAGAUAUUCUCCCUGAGCAGAAGAAGAGGAGCUCUUGUCUAAACCAGGAGAUUACCAAGUCUACCCGCAUUAAAGAGGAACCAGAGGAACUGUGGAGCAGUCAGGAGGGAGAGCAGCUUCAAGAGCCAGAGGAUGAUGAUAUAAUCAAGUUCACUUAUUUUCCUGUCCCUGUGAAGAGUGAGGAUGAUGGCGAGAGGCCUCAGUCCUCACAGCCUCAUCAGAAACAAGCUGAAAAGAUGGAAAAAGGAGCCUAUGGAGAGGACUGUGUAGAAGCUGUAGCAGUCAGAGACUUUGACCCUGAGGAUGAUUUACACCCAGGGACUGAAGUCAAGCCUGAAGACUUCUCUGACCCAGAGACUGAUGACAGUGCUGACUGGAGGAAGACAACAGAGCAGCAGCCAGUUGAAAAACCAGUGGACAAAGUCAAAAAGAAGAGAAGAAAGAGAAAGAAAUCACAUUACUGCUCUCAGUGUGGUAAAGGGUUUAUCCAAAGAGGACAUCUAGUAGCUCAUAUAAGAGUUCACACUGGAGAAAAACCAUACAGCUGCUCUGACUGCGGUAAAAGGUUCAAGCAACAAGGCCAUCUGACUGAACACAUGAAAACUCAUGAAGGAGAGAAACCCUUCAGCUGUUCAGAGUGUGGUAAAAUGUUUAAGCAAAGUGUUCAGCUAACAGAUCACAUGAGAAUUCACACAGGAGAGAAACCGUUUGGUUGCGCCGAGUGUGGUAAACGGUUUAAUUACAAAAGGAGUAUGGCGAGACACAUGGCAGAGCACACCAGAGGAGAUGUAUUCACCUGCUCUGAAUGUUGUAAAGAAUUUAGCCAUAAAUAUUAUCUGACACAACACAUGAAGAUUCACUCAGGAGAGACACCCUGCAUCUGCCCUCUAUGUGGUAAAGGAUUUAAACUUGAAGGAAAUCUGGCGCAACAUUUGAGAAGACACUCAGGAGAGAAACCCUUCAGCUGCUCUGAGUGUGGAAAAAGAUACAACCUUAAUGGCAAUCUUAAAAAGCAUAUGAGAAUUCACACAGGAGAGAAAAUAUACAGCUGCUCAGAGUGUGGCAAAAAAUUUGGUAAACUUAGUGGUAUGACCAGGCAUAUGGUAGUUCAUACCAGAGAGAAACCAUUCACCUGCUCUGAGUGUGGUAAAAGCUUUAGCCUUAAAGAUAAUAUGAAGAAACAUAUGAGAAUUCACACAGGAGAGAAACCCUACAGCUGCUCUGAGUGUGGUAAAAGAUUUAACAAACAGGGUAAUCUCAUCCAACAUAUGUAUGUCCACACUAAAGCGAACCCAUAUGGCUGUGCUGAGUGUGGGAAAAAAUUUAACAGAAAGUCCUAUCUGGCACUUCACAUGGCAAAUCACCGAGGAGAGAAACUCUUCAGCUGCAAAGUUUGUCAUCAAAGGUUUUCUUGGCGUUUUCAGUUACGAAUUCACAAGUGUGUUGGUGGUCAGGCUUCAGAACCUCUUCAAGACCAGACUGAGGAGAAAAGAGAGGCUGAAAUAGGAGCUGGUGGAGAGGACUGCAGAGAAUCAGAGGAGGCCUGGAGCUUAGAUACAGAGAGACAUUUACAACAUGAGAUUGAGGUCAAGAUUGAUGACUUUUCUGAACCUGACAUGAGCCACAGUGGUGAUGAUGAUCAGGAGACGGAGGAGUAUACCAUGACGCAAGCUCAAGAUACCCACAAUGUCUUUGAGUGAUUAGGAUAAACAAAGCAUAAAGCUCCAGCUGGAGUUCCACAAAAGAUGACUUUUACUGGUUUAUGAUGAGGUGAGACUGAAAUAAUAAGAGGAAAUGAUGAAUACUCUAAGCUAUUAUGGUGAAGAAUGGCACUGUUGCUAAAAUUUAAAGCAGUCGAAUCAGAUUAAAAGCCUGAUGAGAACAACUAUGCAUCAUGUGAACACAUCAGAUAGAAGAUUCUGAUCCAAAACAACCCAUACGGAACAGAGAUUUUAUUUGGACAGAGUGGACUGUUUAUGUUGGUUGUUGUAUCAAUCUGUGUCUAUGUGCGCACCUCUUUGAACAUGUCUUCCUGUCUAGGGUUAAACUGCUUUCACUGCUCAUGUCUGAUGGACCCCCUGCUGAUGUUGCUGUUCUAUCACCUGCAGAAAAAAAAGCUUUAUCACUGAUCAGUGGUAAAACCCUGGUAAACAUAUUGCUUGAAACAAUGAAGUUGAAUCAUUUUGAAAUACAGUAAUAGAAAAACAAGAGUGACUGAAAGUAAAAAUGGAGUAGUAAAUGCACAGAGGGGCAUCAGUUCUGUUUAAACUAGAUACUGAUCCAAAGAAAAAUGUUUGAGACAUUAAAACACACAGCUGACUUGUCGUGCUUUACACAACCAACUCCAAAAAAGUUGAGACACCAUUUAAAUUGUGACUAAAACAGAAUACAGUGAUUUGAAAACCUUUCUAACGUAUAUUCAGUAUUCAGCACAAAGUUGAGCAAGAUAGUGUUUAAGCUGAUAAACUUUACUGUUUUUGGAAAUAUAUAGUCUGCAUUUGAUGCCUGUAACCCAUCCCAAAAAAAGCUGGGACAAGCACAUGUUUACAACUGUGUUACAUCUUUUCUUCUAACAACACUAAGCACUUGAGGACUGAAAACACUAAUUGUGCUCAGUUUACAUCUUGAGUUACUAAACAGUAUAAGGUUUUCUUUGUUGUAGUUUGAGCUUCAUAAUACACUAUAUAUUGUCAA